CACAAUUGGUGGUUGACUAAAUACUUAUUUGCCCCACUGUAUAUGUAUAUAGUACAAGGACACACAGAAAAAAAGUUGUGUGGAGCUUUUGUAGUGUAUAACUGAACUUUUUUUUUUUUUAUAGCCCAUUUGUGUCACAAAUUCACCCGACUCGUUGAAAGUUCUCGUUCAACCAUUUUUAGUGAAUUAUUUGUUGCUGCACCACACUGGACUAAAGACAAACAUAGAAAACACAUAAAUAUAAGACAAAUGCAUGAAAGACUUUGACAUUGAAGAAGAAAAGUGGUGAAGACAGCUAGGAGGAGAGGUCCAAACUUACCGCUAACAACCUCUCAGACUUCCUGGUGGGCUAAGAUGAUAAUUAAAAAAGAGAGAGAGAGACAGUGACAGAAAGAGAGGGAGAGAACGACAUCAGUUGUACCACUGCAGCCUGUGUCUUCAUCUGAUCUGCUCACUUUGUGGCUGCGCGAAUAAUGAAAAUCAAAACCAAAGCACAUGCACAUACUAAAAAAGUGUACACUGGCUUUUACCUCUUGUUUGGUGACCUUGGAGCUGUCUUUGCCCUCAGAGCCCUCAGGAGACUGUCGGGGAAACCACAGUGAGCAAAAAGUACAUCAGUGCCUUGAGUGCUGAAACUUCUUUUUUUUUUUUACAGGCAAUUGCUUUUAAGGCCAAAUUUGAAUUAAAAUGUUUUUAUCUGCUAUUGCUCAAGUAACGUUAAAGAACAGAGCUAGAUUCGCCAUUUCAUUCAGACAAAUUCAAAAUGAAAUCACUUUCAAAGGGUAUGGUGAAUAUGUUCCCAUUGAACUAUCUACAGUGGAGAGAACAAGUAUUUGAUACACUGCCAAUGGGAAAACCCAUUGGCAGUGUAUCAAAUACUUGUUCUCCCCACUGUAUGUUGCGAAUGGAGCCAAACUUGACUGAAGUUUUUGGAAAUUUUAAGUUCACAGACUAAGCUAAGCCCUUUAAAAGCACAACAUCAAACAAAUUCUACAGUAUGAUUGUGACUUUCAGCUAUAGACCCCAUUUACCUACGUCACACAAUCACGUGAUCGCUAUAUUGUGCCGCCAUAUUGUCCGUCAUUGUGUGUCCGUACUGUCAAUGAUCGUAGUUUCUAAAGGUGGAUUUACUUGCAAAUUAUGGAAGCCCCGGUGCUUUCAGACGCUGUAAACUCAUUGGAUGAGUUACAUAAAAGCCUUUAUUCGGAAAAGCUUCGGUCGAUCCAGUCGCCAGAUCUAUAUUUGAUGAAAUCGAUGUUUUUCGACCCGCUGUCUUCGUCGUCUCUGCCUGAACAUCUCCUACCCGGAUAUCUGCAACUACAGUAUCUUGUCCAUACGAAGUCAGCCUAUUCUCACGAAAGUUUGAAAAACUUAAGAGCUUGGAGGCUUAUAAAUACUUUGUUGCUGGUUGGGUAAAACAGAUCCUUUUCCACGAGAAUUCGGCAAGAAUCUAUCUUGUGCUUGGGAAGGUGAGUUACGAAAUUUUCAAUUCAAAUCUUUUAUUCUUGCUAACAUCUCAGUACGUGGAUUGCCAUGCCCAAAAAUAAAUGAUUGAUAUACACCGCUGAAUGUGAGGUCGUGUGUUCGAUCCUAUUCCCUAAAUGCCUAAAACUCUCUAAAUAUAUAUUAAAUGCAUCUUACCAGAUAUAAAAUUACUACUACAUAGUCUGUGGUGAUCGUUUGGUGCCCAGUUUUGUCGUCUAAUUGCAGCAAUCCAUUUCGCUCUCCUCUUCGGGUCUCUCGCUAUACGAUAGAACUUUAAGUCUCUCCGUUUAUCUUCCCUGUUACUGCAACCAACCGCCACACAUGCCUUCACCAUUUUGAUUAAAAAAUGUUAACGAUUUCUAAAUAAGCAGAAGACAUUUGAAGCGAGUCUGAAACUCAACUGGACCUUUUCGUCGGAAAACGUUCCGUGAUUAGGCGGUCCUUCUUGACUUCAUUAGCAACUAGUUGCUAUACUCCGGACAGCUUUGAUGUUAACUUUUUUCGAUGUAAAAAAAUUGCCUGGAUGUGAUUUUUGUUGUUGUUGUUGCUUCGAUUCAAAACACUUUUUUGCUUCAACCUCCCUUUAGGGGCAGUUUUUUUUUUAAAACGUCAACUUUUUUUCCCCCUCUCUGUCUUUUUUUCUUCUUCCAUGUCACCUUAGGGGCUCCGUAAAAUUCAAAUGUGUCAACGAUUGUCAGGAAGGUUUUUGGGUUCGUUUACUAGGUGGUGAUUCUUUAGACAAGCAGAAACACACGCAGUGAUAGGAGGAAAGUACAUAGUGGUAACAUGUAAACACGAUCAGAUGACGGAAAAUAUGGCGGCAUAAGUCAGGGGGCGAUGUUGUGACGUCACGUGAAUGAGGUCUAUAAUGUACUUCAAAGCAGUUGAUAUCUUUAUUACCGUUUCCUGUUUUCAAUACGAUGGGGACUGCCAAUCAUUUCAAACUGAUGUAAAAACAUUCUGAACAAACAUUGGAACUACUUUAUCAUCUAGAUCAGUGGUUCUUAACUGGGGUUUGGUGAGUAAGCCUCAGGGUGAAAGUUACACUGAACCCUAUUUUGUACACUGACUGAAUCUAGGCAAAGUGGCGUUUUAUACCAGGUUUUGGACUGGGGGCCCUCAAUUUACAGGCUUUAUCCAUUUCUUUCACCUGCUAGCGCUCUAUCUAAUGGGAGGAGGGUUCGGUUUGCUCAGUGGAAGGUUGACUGGCACUUGUUAUGAGGAAGUAUAACAGACCUACGGACGGUGUGAACUUUUACGCUAGAAAAAUAGUAUGUGAUGCAAGGAUGUGACAAAAAAAUGACAAUAUAGACAUAAAAAAGGAACAGUGUGAAAUCAGUUUUAUUUUUCAAUGUGAAAAUCGACAGUAAAAGGCGAAAUUAUUUGGAGUAAAUUUAAAAUCUAGAAGAAAUCGGAACAGUAAUUCACUUAGAAUGUUAGAUUUGCUUUAUUAUGAAAUUCUGAAGGGGUUCAAUGCAUAGGCGGAGUUUGACUUUUGGGCCAGGGGGGGCACAACAUGUUGAUGACCCCAAAACGCAGUGUCAGCAAUAAAAUUAACUUACAAGAAUAUUUAUAAUAAUAAGUUGAAAAUUAGUGGGGUUUUUUUUGUUUCCCAUCAUUCUUGAGGGGAAUUCUAAAUCAGGCUGCUUAGGCAAUACUUUUCGCCAAGCUCAUCAUCCAUUGAAUAUAUACCAUAUUCCGGUGCCGAGCCAAAGUCAAAAGCCAAAGUGACCCCAGUCAAAAAUGUUAUCCCCUGUGCGGAGCCAUAUGGAGGUAGAUAUGUGUCUUUAUUAUUCGAUCCAAAAAAUAUGUGAAUGCAAAAAUAAAUUUGAAACUCAAAAAAAAAAAAAAAAAAAAAAAAAAAAAGCAUUUGAAAGCUAGUUUUCUUUGAUUUUUUUUUUUUUUUGAUUGAAGCAACUUUUUGUAAUAUUGUAAUAUUAUGUAAUGUUGUUUUGCGUUUGGGCCUCAUUUUGGCCAGGACAUUUGUGUCUUUAUUAUUCAAUCAAAAAAUCAGUUUCUUAAAACAAAAAAUAUGUAUUUUCAAACGAAAAAUCAUUUCAAUCAAAGAGAAAUUUCAAUGAUAGAAAAAAGUCUUUGAAUGCGAAAAAAUAUAUGAGACUGACACAUUUGCAUUUUAACACUUAAUUUUUCAUUAAAAUUUUUUAGCAAUCCUUUUUGUGUUUGGGCCAUAUUAUGGGUAGGACAUUUGUGUGUAAAUCAUUAAAUACCCAAAAAGUUGUUUAAAUGAAAAAAAAAAGUUUUCAAUCAAAGAAAAAAAAUCAUUUGAAAAAUAAAAUUGCCCUCCCCUAUUUUUUUUCUUUAUUAUAUGCAAAGCAAAUGACCGUCUAAGGUGCUAGUCACAUGAUCUGUUCAAAAAAUAAUUUUGACCCAUUAUAAAAAUAUCUUUUUUUGUUUAUUUCAUUCAUUUUUUCGGUUUUCUUUAUUGCUUUACAACUUUUGUACAUAUAGGAAAGUCAAAUUACAUGCAAUGACACUUUUCGGCCACCGGGGGGGGGGGGGGGGCUGUCCCCCCGGCUCCCCCCCUUAAACUCCGCUUAUGGUUCAGUGAAUGCACCUGUAAAUCCUGUGGGGUUUGUUACCUUUAGCAAGGUUAGGAACCACUGAUCUAGAUGUAUAAAAAAUGUACUUGGAGGAAUUUUUUUUGUAUUUUUUUUUUUUUUUUAAGAAAUUUGUUAUGCUUGUUUUCCUAAGCCUUUAACCAUCCAUUGUUAUUUAACAAUAUGUCCUCCACAUUGCCCAUUGUUAGUUUUUUUUUUAAACAUAAUUUGUAAUUUGUCUGUUAUAUCCGUAUUUAUGUAUCCUGUCCCUAGUUAUUAACCCUGUAACGGAAUCAUUACCCGACCAGAUUAGCGUUUCCUCCAGGAAGGCGGGCUGCUAAACGCGCAUGCGCAAUAUCCCAUACAAACAAGCGGAGGAGGCGGGUCCAUAGUGUUGGUUUAGGAUGGGCCCAGAGACCCCCAUCACAUACACAUACACACAAUGGUAUCAUCCAGGUGGUACACGAAUAUGUACAACAACGACUACAACAGCCUUGACCGUUCCGACCCCUCCCGUAUUAUUUUAUAUUUUUCAUUACACUACAUCGCCGACAGUGGACGCUUCCGUUAUCACAUUUGAUCAUCUUAUCCAUUUUACGACGCGUCCUCGUGACAUUGUCCACGGAAAACACGGAAGUGGAGGGUAAACAGAACGAGUUGACGAAGAGGGAAAAAUAAAAUUAGAUUUCAUUUCACGCGCGAUGCUGUCUUAUUUAAAAACCAAAAUUGCGACGAGGACGAGCCGUCAAAAGCAGCGGCGACACUCACCUUCCUCUUCGGCAUGUUGCUCGUCAAAGGAAAAGCACCAAAAACGACGCUGAGCUAUGAAGCCUCCAAAAGUCCACACGGUGAGAUUAUUCCAACUAGCUCGCUAUAGAGGAUCGAUAUCUAAAAAGCACCUUGGCUAAUAUGUUGAUUAUUAUGCACUCCCCCAAAACUCUGUGCCUCGGCAAGCCAUUGGCCAGCACACGCCAAAAUCUCUCCCGUACUGUUGUAUCAUUGGUCCAUGCUGUUUCCAUGUAAAUAAGAGCGUCCCAGACGUUUUGAUUGACAUCCGUCACUGGCCGAUUCCGAUUGGCUGAGCGGUUAGCCAUGGCACCCGCCCACUCCCUUUAUCCUCAAGGCGAGCAGUGAUGACAGCCAAGCCUUCCUGGCUCUCGGCGGAUCUGGCUCAUGUUGGACCGUAUUGUUGAUUGUCUCAACAUAACAAACAAAGAAAUCGAAGCAGGAAAAUUAACACAAUGCCACGCGUGGACUAUAUCUAGAACAGCGGGCAUAGUGUGCUGUGGAAUUCUACCACUUCUAUAGUGUUUAACCAGAAAUUACAUGGUAACAAAGCAUACAUAUGUAAAUACCGUUUGAAUCAGUAUUCAUACAGAAAGUAAAUGUACUGUUUUUGACAGUUUUUUUUUUCCUAAAUAAGUAAACUCAAGCAAAUCUCCUAUUGCUGGUGGGGAAAUUAAACACAAAAAUCCCUGAUGUACAACAUGUGAUUUGUCAUCUGUGAUUUGUGCGUCACAGGUGGCAAACGCAAGGCCACCAUAUGCAGCCCUCAACAUCAAUUUAUGUGGACAGCCCACAAAAGUUUGACUAAAAUUUCAUGCUAAAUGUGGUAUGUGAGUAUGGCUAAAAUCUAAAAGAUAAUGUAUCAAUGUAAUAAUAAGGUUAUUAUGAUGCUUUGUGAGCAUUUGAGUGCUUCAUUAGUGGAAAAUCAACAAUACGCAGCAAAUAGACGGGGUGAAAAGCGUGCGGCUUGGGGGACAUUUAAUGGCCAGAAGGAGAAUUUGAUGUUUUCUAUUGUGCUUUUUUACCAGCUAAAAAAGAGGUGACCUGUGUAAGAGGUCAGUAUAAAUACUAGAAUCCAGUCUAUGUACUGCACAUAUGAGGUGCAUGCAAAUUGUGAUUUUAUCCUGACUCCAGAACCUUUGAAACUAUACACACGACCUUUGUUUGUAACAUCACAUGAGCAGAAGUGUGUGGUUAAAGCCACAAAAUGACAAAAGAGCUUUUCUGCGGACAAAACAAACUAAAAAAAAAAAUCCUCGUCAUGAAGCGUGCAAGUGUUGAAAAACCACAGUCAGCUAAAUUUAACAAUGAGGAGCACACGUGUAACACGUCAAGUGUGUAUAGAAAUGUAUAGAAUCUCUGCUUAUAGAACACUACAUAAGCCUUUUUGGAAGGAGCGGGGGCAUCUUUGUGUAACUUUUAUGCUAAAUGUAGCUAUUGAUGGAAAAAAAUCUUUUAUUAGUAGGAAUUUUUGAACUUUUGAAAAUAAUAAAACGACUAACAAACAAUACCACGAGAGAGUGACAGACGUUUUCUCAAAUACUGGCCUAUAGUCAAAUACAGUGGUACCUCGACAUAUGGUCGCUUCGACACACGAUCUUUUCGACAGCCGAUGUAAAACUUGACUCGCCAUUUGUUUCUAGCAUGCUCGAAAUACAACUAUUUAUGACAGCGCCGCAGGUUUUGUUUUCCCGUAAGACGGACGCACGGCAGAUUUUCUUUUGAGAGGAAUCAACAUGGGUUCCAAGAAGGUUAGUGCAGGUGGUGAAAAAAAGGUGAGGCUUACCAUUGAAAUGAAGAUGGAAAUGAUAGAAAAAUAUGAACGUGGUGUGCGCUUCCAUUAACUGGCUCGACAAUAUGGCCGUAGUGUGUUUACGAUCUCGACAGUCAUCCUCCAACCUCGAUUCACCAGUCUUUAAAAGUUAAGGUGACAAUUAGAACGGCUUUCUUUCACCUGCGCAACAUCGCCAAAAUUAGAAAUAUUUUAUCUAAAAGCGAUGCAGAAAAAUUAAUUCACGCGUUCGUUACAUCGAGAUUGGAUUACUGUAACUCCCUACUUGCAGCUUGUCCUAAAAGCUCUCUAAAAGGUCUUCAGCUAGUCCAAAACGCAGCAGCAAGACUUUUAACAGGAACCAAUAGAAGAGAGCACAUCACCCCUGUGCUCCAGGCACUUCACUGGCUUCCAGUCGAGUUUAGAAUUAAAUUUAAAAUCCUCCUUCUUACAUUUAAGACCAUUAAUGGGUUGGGGCCAUCUUAUCUCACCGAUGCUCUGGUUCCAUACCGCCCCAACAGAACACUCCGAUCUCAGAAUGCAGGUCUACUGGUAGUUCCCAGGGUUCAUAAAAGUACUGUCGGAGCUAGAGCCUUUAGCCACCAAGCCCCUGUUUUAUGGAAUCAGCUUCCAGCUAGUAUUAAAGAAGCCGAGACAGUUUGCACAUUUAAGAUUAGAUUAAAAACGUUCCUAUUCGACAAAGCUUAUAGUUAGGCUAGUUGAAGUCGGAAUAGACUCAUAGUUUAAGUUGCACUAGAAGCUAUAAUGCUGGGGGGCAGUACAGCCGCUGAGUUCUAUCUCCUUUUCUUACUCUACCUACCACUUGUCUUACUUUAUUUCUAUUUUCCAAUGUUAAUAUCUAGUUGUCUAGUCUCUUCAUCACUAGUCACCCGGUGUCCCCUUUCCCCCCUCCCCUCUGGGGAGGGGCUAUUUUUCAGCUGCAGCCUCCUGACUGUCCGGACCCCUGGCUGGAUAGACGUCCUCGCUGCUACCUCCGUCUCAUCUGACUAGAGGGACCUCUUCUUGCUCCUUUACUCCACUGGAUUUUUACGGACUAUAAUUUCGCUUGCUAAUUUCCAUUAGCCGUUCUGGGGUUCCUGUCUAUCCGUCCUGGGAGUGGAUCUCUCCUGACUGUGGUACUCCCCAAGGUUUCUCAUUUUUCUCCCAAUUGACUCUGGAGUUUUUGGAGUUUUUCCUUGCCGGCAUGGAGGGUCUUAAGGAUAGGGGAUACCCAGGACUUGAACUGUAUCUAUUCAUCUUUGUUGCUUCAUUUCUAAUUGUGUAUCAUAUUGCCUCUGUAAAGUCCUUUGAGACCUCUGUUGUGAUUGAGGGCUAUACAAAUAAAAUUGAAUUGAAUUGAAUUGAAUUAUUAUUCUAACAUCACCAAAAAAAUCGCCAGCUCCGCCAGUCUUUUAAUCAUUUAUUUGAGAACUUGUGAAACACAACAUGCCUACUGUCCGCCGCAGCUGAACAUGAAAAGUGAAAGUAAAAAGUCCUCUUUCACUCUGUCAUGUCAGCCACGCGGUGCGUUCAGGUACACCACGCAAAACACACCUGCCCCAUUAGAACCCGAUUCGUUACAUUAUUACAGGUAUUAUCAUUAUUACAAUUAUUAUCAUUCUGAUUUUUAUUCAUAAUUUAUUUGUUUUCCUCUGUGUAAUUGCUACUUGCGUUAGUACCAGCAGUAUUUAUUAAGGAUUUAGUGUCGGUUUUCGGGCUAUGGAAUGAAUUGGGGAAAUCCUGCUCGACAUACGACCAUUUUGAUUUACAAACAAGGUCCUGGAACGAAUUAACGAUGUAUGUAGAGUUACCACUUCAGACACCAUGCCAUUAAUGACCUCACCAAAGAAGCACCGCACAUCAAAUAUAACCUGUUCUAAUCUCUAUUCCGACAUGAAAGGCAGGGUUUGACUAACAUCUAGUGGUGACCCAGAGUAAUGCAGUUUGCGCUUUUGACGUUGUGCUUUUCUGGGGUCAAAUUUACAAAACAAUUUAAAAGCAAGCCUGUCCAUGUAAAAUUAUUUUAAUUUUUUUUAAAAAAGUAAUAUUUACUACUUAUUGUUGUCUUUUCUCUUCACGUGUUUGAUUUUUGUUGGUUUGUUGUUGUUGUUGUGCACAUCCGGCAUAAUUGCCUUUUUAACCCGAGAAGUAAAAAUAAACUACGUAAUCUAUUUUUAAUACUAUUUGAAGUUGAACCUCCUCCACCCCGCCUCCUCCUGUCCCUGAUCUCAUAUGACGUCAUCGUAGCGGCGUACUUGUCCGUGUCGGUGCAAUGAGGAUGUCUCACGCGGCAUUCAUUCACAUUCGUCUAUCCAGUCAUGCAUGCAUGCUUGCAACGACAUAUGCAUUCAAUUACAUGUCAUGUCACCAUCUAAGCCGCUUUGGGAAGUAAAUAUACAGAAUAAACACACGAACACUGCCAAAUAGGCGGGACUUCCUGCCGGUUGUCAACAGAGUUGGGCUGGUUAUCACAGUGCGCACACAUUACAGUGCAUCGAUCAGAUAGCAAGCAGGUUUCACCACAUAAUGCCGGUUCAUCUGCUACGUGGAGGCCUAGCCCUUUUGGCCCUUUUGUGGAGCCUCGAGUUGCCUUUAGUUUCUCUCCGUCACUUGAAAGUGCGACCCCAACUGCUCCUGGUGUCCUUCGAUGGCUUCCGCUGGGACUAUGUGAACCGUGUUCCGACGCCAAACUUUCACGCCCUAAUGGAGGAAGGUGUGACAGUGGAGCACGUGGAGAACGUAUACAUCACUAAGACCUUCCCCAACCACUACAGUAUGGUGACAGGUCUCCACGCCGAAUCACAUGGCAUCGUCGGUGACCGGAUGCUUGACCCAAGUCUCAACCUCUACUUCUCCUUUGACAAUAACAGCAUCUAUGAGUCACAUUGGUGGGAGCAGGCAGAGCCCCUGUGGGUUACCAUUCAGAAGUACGGGGGGCGGAGCGGCGCUGCUAUGUGGCCCGGUUCUGAUGUGAAGAUCCAUGGAAUGUACCCUACUCAUUACCUCCCACGUGAUGCUUCACUUAGCUUCGAGUCCCGGGUCGAAAACCUGAUUAAAUGGUUCUCUGCUCUUGACCAGGAGGCAGUAAAUUUUGGGGUCCUGCACUGGGGGGAACCGGACGCAAGUGGACACAAGUUUGGACCCGAGAGCACCCUGAUGGAUGCUGUCAUCGCUGACCUGGAUGAAAAACUCGGCUUCCUGCGCAAUAAACUGAAGACAGCGGGCCUUUACGAGAGAGUCAACUUGGUGGUGACCAGUGACCACGGCAUGACGCAGGUUUUCCCCGAUAAAAUCAUUGAACUGGACGUGUAUGUAGGAAGAGACUUGUACAGCUGGGUGGACAAUAGCCCCGUGAUGGGAAUACUACCCAGAGAAGGAAAGCUGGACGAGGUUUAUGACAAGUUGGUUGACGCCAACCCCUACAUGACAGUCUACCGAAAAGACGCCAUCCCCGAACGCUUCCACUACCGCCACAACACCAGGAUCAUGCCUAUCUUGUUGGAGGCUCAGGAGGGAUGGAUCAUCGUGCAGAACAGGAGCACAAUGAUCACGUUGGGAAAUCACGGCUACGACAACACUCUACGCAGCAUGCAGCCCAUCUUCCUGGCCCGCGGUCCAGCCUUCUGCCAGAACUACGUGAAGCCCACCAUGCGCACUGUGGAUCUGUACCCCCUCAUGUGUCACAUCCUGGCCGUCCCACCUCUGCCCAACAACGGUUCCCUGCUAGAUGUUGAGGACCUGCUGCGCCCAGAGUCUAUGGCGUUCCCACCCAACAUCUCACACGCCAGUAUGGUAGUGGGCGUCCUCAUCGGGGCAAUGCUGGUAGUGGGCUUCCUAUUAGUGUUCGUGCGGCAGGUGACGCUCAAGCAGCUUCCUUCGCUCAGACACAUCCGCAGGGAGAUGUCACAGCCUUUACUGCAAGACGACUUGAACCUGUAGAUGGAAGAAAACAAAAAUGCUGGACUAGAAUCCCGUGGAGGAGGUCCAAUCAGGAGAAGGUGGGGAUUCUGUUCCAAUGUGGUAGGAUUUGAAAACCUUUAUGUGAAGCUUUUAUUAAGUUGAUUUGAUUGUUGAUUCGAAGUUCUGAAAGGGUGGAAAAUUUCUAUUCAAUUUCUGUAAAGUUUACAGAAAAUUUACAAUGUAAGUAAAGCUUGCAAACUUUUUAGAUUUUUCAAAUUGAAGGUCUUCCAUAAUAAUUACAGGAAUUUAUGUGAAUUUAGUUGAAAUUGCUCAUACUUCCAUUUUUUCCUCACUAAACAAGUCAAUAAUAGCCAACUUUUUUUUCUGAAGGGGAGGCUAUUGAGUAGUGCUCGAAAUCAAUGUAGCACUCUAUUUGUAUGAAAUCUGGUCUGGUUAUGGAAGUCUAGGUUAUGAAAAUGCAAAGGCGUAGGUUUGGUUUCAAUAUUGGUAGGGAUGAUAUAUCAGCGUAACCUGCAUGUACACUUUUUGCUGGGGACGGGACAUUAAUAAGACCAAACAGAUUGGGUGAACGGGGGUAAGGGCUACAUUUCUCACGAAUAUGAAUCUAAGUAAUUGAUACGCUAAAUGAUUAAUGCAAAAUAAAUCUGUAUUGAUUUAUACUUUCACACUGCAAAUUAAUAACAUCUUCAUCUGAUAAUUUUUCUUAAAUCUAGUCGAAUAAUUUCAUCUUGUUUUGAGUGUUAAGGAUUAGUUAACAGAUUAAUACGUCAGAAUAUUCCUCUUGUAUUAAGUAAAUAUUUCUUAUUUGUUCGUAUUAAGCCCAAAUAUCUAAAAGAUGGUCAUUUUUCACCUAAAUCCUGAAAAAUUGCUUUCAAAUUAUGUUUUGAACAUUAUUUAUCCUUGAAUUAAGAACAUUUCUGAGAAACAAGUUUUUUUUUAUUGAUUAGAUAUCCAUAGGCGGAGUUUGACUUUUGGGCAGGGGUGGGCACAACAUGUUGAUGACCCCGAAACGCAGUUUCAGAAAUAAAGUUAACUUACAAGAAUAUUUAUUAUAAUAAGUUGACAAUGGGCGUUUUUUGUUUCCCAUCAUCCUUGAGGGGAAUUCUGAAUCAGGGUGCUUAGGCAAUACUUUUCGCCAAGAUGGUCAACAACUGAAUAUGGUACGCCUGCCGGUGUCGUGCCAAUUUAGUUACCCCAGUCAAAAAUGGUAUCCCCUGGGCAGAACCCUAUGUAGGCAGAUUUAUGUCUUUAUUAUUCAAUCAAAAAAAAGUUGCUUCAAAAAAAAAAAAAGAAAAAAAAAUAUAUUUUCAAUCAAAAAAAGUCGCUUCAAUUUAAAAGAAAAAAUGUGUUUGAAUGCAAAAAUAAAAUGGAAACUAAAAAAUACAUGUGAAAGCUAGUUUUCUUUGAUUUAAAAAAAAAUUGUUUUUAAUGCAGCCCCCAAAAAGAUAUAUUUUCAAAAGAAAAAUCCAUCAAAAAAAGAAAAAAAUCAAUCAUAGAAAAUGUUUUAGAAUGUGAAAAAAUAUUUGAGAUUGAAAAAUUUGAACACCUAAUUUCAUUGAAAAGGUUUGAUUGAAGCAAUUAUUUUUGUGUUUGGGGCUGUAUUAUGGGUAGGACAUUUGUUUCUAAAUCAUUCAAUCCCCAAAAAAGUUGCUUCAAUCAAAAAAAAAAAAUUUCAAUCAAAGAAAAAAAUCAUUUGAAAAAUAAAAUUGGCCUCCCCUAAUUUUUUUUCCUUUGAAAAUUAUAUGCAAAGCAAAUGGCCAUCUAAGGUACCAGUCACAUGAUCUGUUCGAAAAAAUAAUUUUGAGCCAUUAUAAAAAUAUGUAUUUUUUGUUCAUGUCAUUGUAACAUAUAUAUAUAGGAAAGUCAAUUUUAUGCAAUGACACUUUUCAGCCACCGGGGGGCCUGGCCCCCCUUAAAAUCUGCUUAUGUUGAUAUCAACCCUUUUUGCUUAAAAUAGGUCUGGUAAGCUUAUUUUCAGAUAGCUAUUUUUCUUAUUUCAAGAAAUUACACUGAAAACAAGGGAAGUUCACUGGUUUUAAGGUUGUGUGUUUUUGCAGUGCAUACAUAUUGGUUCAGAUGAUACACUGUUCGCUUCAAACCUUUGUUUUCAAAAACUACUAAAGAAACAUUUUGAAUUUUUCCAGAAUAUAUGUCUGGAUUUUAUCAGCAAAUUUAAAUUGCGAUGUUUGAACAUAAGUUAACAUACCCAAUAAAUAUACAAACUUGUUAAUUAUAUCUUAACUAUCCAGGAAGCAAGAAAUAGACAUAUGUCUUAAGACCACUCAAUAUUGUCUGUCAGAAAUAAAGAAAUUAAAAUAUAACUGAAGAAAACUUAGUCAGGGAAUAACAAAAAUAAACAGAACCUUCCUUUAGGUAAAACACUUCUGCUUUUGUCCACAAGCACAGCCAAACUCAACAAAAAAUGAAAGCUUCUUUGGGCUAUUUUAAGACCACAUGAAUAAAAUAAAAAUGAAAAUUAGGGAGAAGUGGGUAAACCUCGAUUCAUUACAUUUCUCACAGUUUAACGUUACCGGUAAAAAACACAUACACGAGGAUAUUUCUCUCAAAGCAGCUUCCUAGUCGAGUUCGGGAAAUUCACACAGAUUAAUGUUAUGCUGACUCUGAUGCAGGUCGGACUUUCAGUAGAAAAAUUAGUGGUGUGUUCCCCACCUCACAUUACAUUACGUACUGUGGCUGCUGCUGGCGGGAAAAAAAUUUCUAAUAUUCCUUUAUUCUUCGAAGGGGGCGGAGGAGGCGGCAUUGUUGUAUUUGUGUUGGGACUGUGGUUGCAUGUGUGUGUGUGUGGGAGGGCGGUCAAGUCUUCAGCCAAUCAAAAAUGCGUUCGAGGGGGAAUAAAUGGACUGGCACAUUCAACAAGUGAAAUGGGGUCAAUAUAAGUCUGAACAUCAUGAAAGUACUGUUAUUCACAUAAUGAUGGUAGGGUCUAACGUACGAGAAGACAAUCUAAAUGAUCUAUAGAAUUGAAGUCAUUAUAUAAUGUAGAUAAGGUUGCUUAAAAGUUGGUGGGGACAAUUGGAGCAUCCUGAAAAGUUGGUGGUGUUAUGUCCCUACCGUCCCUAUGCAAACCUACGCCCUUGUGAAAAUGAGAUUUGUUUCCCAAUAACUUGUUUCCUUCUAAGAGCCCGCCUUCAAAAUUGUAAAUAAAACUUUCCACCUGUUAAUUAAAACAAAUUCCCAUGGAAAGCUUCCGAGUAUGAAAUUCUGCACCCUUAAUCGUGAACCUCGAUCAUCCCAUUUUCUUUAAAUCUGUACUACCUUUCUUGAUUGUCAGUGACACGCACAUGCCUUGUGUGAAGCUGGUUAAGUAUUGUUAAAGUGUAAAACAGAGCAAAAUGGCAUCUUUGUUUUCACAACAGCAGCUCUUCUGGCUUUGCUUAUAAAAGAUAUUUUCUUUAUAUCAACGGGACCCAACUGGAGAAUGAAGCUGACUUGAAAUCUGCUGCCUUGUGAGCUAGUAUUAAAAGGCCCAGUCCACAUGGAAACUGAGCCAAUCUGUUUUUCAUUUUUAAAGAGAUUCUCUUAAACAAUUGUUUUUCAAGAAUUGUCAUGUUGCUGUUCGUGUCCUUGCGUGGUGCAAGCAUUUUGAGGCCUAAAAAUGUUGCCACUUUGGUGCAAAAGAAGAAAAAUCAGAACUUGCGAGUACCAGUGUUAUUAUAAUGGUGAACCUGAGGGUUUGAAUUUUCAACAAGACAAAGACUUUGAGACAAUCUCAUAAAAGUGACGUAAGGUUUGAUGUUUCGUCUUACUAAGCACUUUUCAGUAUUUAUUCAAUCCUUGGUGACUACCGUAAAAGUCCAUGGACUUGUACAAUUGUCUUACUAGCAACAUCUUUGCAUAAUUGUAAGCCAAAAUUGCAAGGAGUGAUUCUAAAAAAUAGAAUAAUAUAGUAAUCGUAAGACUGUUGUUGUAUGCUGAUUUGUCUUACCAGUGAAGACAAGUGUAAAAUUGAGGUGGACACCAAGGAUGUGGAAUAAAUCCUUAUCUUUUCCUAUCUUUCUGUGUUUGAAUGUCACCCGGCAACUGCUCAUAUAUUUUAUUCGUUACAUUCAGCCUCGCUAUGUGUCGUAACGUCUUAGGGUGUAAUUCUUUUGUAUCUAUUUCUAUGUGAGUAGAAUGUCAUGUGCAGUUUUGCCAUUGUCAGUAAUUUCUUCUGUGUUGCUUCUGGCCAGAACUGUUCUUACAAUUUGCACUACAUGACCGACAGGGGGCAGUAGGUUAUGUAUCCAUUGCACUCCAUCUUGUAGUAGACAAAAAAAAAAGUUGGUGCCUCUCGCAAAAUAGAUUUAAAAUCAUUGAAUCAGUGCAGUCAAACAAGUGUUAGUGAGUUAAGGAUAUAAGUAUUUUUAUGUUUUGGGCUUUUAGAUAGCUCUAGCAUUAACAAGGUACCUAAGCUCCCUGACCCCAAAUGACACUGUGAUGUAUUUUCCAAUUUCUAUGGUAAAUUUUCAGACAGAACGGAAAAGUGUCUUCUGACAGAUGAAUGAAAUACACAUGCAUACACGCAUAUAUUUGAAUGAUUUGUUCAAGGAAUACUUGAAAGAUGGGUUGCAUUUAUGAAGUGUAACUACUGUGAUCAAGAAAUGAAAUGUUCAAAGCAUUAAAAUGCCUUCUGAGUGAAAAGAA